AUCGCUCAAGUCUCUCGGUACAGAACAUGAUAUUGCAAAAAACUUCGCACAAAACGAUACACAAGAUCCAGACGAUGUCAACAAUACCCUCUGGCAUGACGUCACCGAAGAAAUGUUAUUCUCAAAUAACUACAAUGGCUCAUACGAUGAUUGGAAAAUGAAGAAGCGAAGUAUUAAUGACGCUGUCUCGAGGAAUAUUACUGUGGUGUUGGAGAAUCUAUUAAAGAAUUAUGAAAAGUCGCAGUUGCCAACGCAUGGAAAAGGUUAUCCGACAGUAGUUCAAACAAACAUUUUAAUCCGCAGUAUGGGACCAGUCUCUGAACUUGAUAUGGAUUAUUCAAUGGAUUGCUACUUUCGUCAGUAUUGGCGUGACGCACGACUAUCGUUCCUCGGCCCCAUACGCUCUCUGUCACUCUCAAUCAAAAUGCUGGAGAGGAUCUGGCGACCUGACACCUACUUUUAUAAUGGAAAGCAUUCAUAUGUCCACACAAUUACGGUGCCUAACAAAUUGCUGCGGAUAAGCCAACAUGGUGAUAUUCUUUACUCAAUGAGAUUAACAAUAAAAGCCAAAUGUCCAAUGGAGCUGCGUAAUUUCCCAAUGGAUCGUCAGUCAUGUCCGCUCAUCCUCGGAAGCUAUGCGUAUUCGAACCAGCAACUCGUCUACCAAUGGCAGAACUCGGAGAGCGUCAACUUCGUUCCUGGCAUGACUUUAUCGCAGUUCGACCUCAUAAGUUUUCCGUACAGGAACUUUACAUUCACGAGACGAGAAGAAAGUCGCAUAUUUGGGGCACGUGCUUAGGCACGAGAGCUACAAACUCCUACAACUCAUCAUGAUGGGAAAAGUUGCCGGAAGAAGAGGCGUAGGUCGCCGAAAAAAGUCUUGGCUGCGCAACAUCCGAGAGUGGACUGGCAUCGCGAGUGCGGCAGAACUAUUUUUCUUCGCGAAGGACAAACAAUUGAAACUACAAAGCUGACCGCCAACCUUCGCUAGUCGGAGAGG